AUGAGAAUUGCAACAGUGAAAAGAAUUCCUGAGAGCAUAAUUUUGGUAUCUAAAUGUGGGGAAUGGAUUCAAAAAGUAGAGAUAGAAAAAACUUUAACUCGAUGCCCAAGAUGUGGAAGCAAAUUCCACGGUGAGAAGGAAUGUAAAAUGUAUGUCAAAAAGGCAAGAAUUGUUCUACAAAAACCUAUACAGACAUGGAGAAGAAAAAGAGAGGAAAGCAAGAAAAUGGUUGAGCUUCAAGGAAACAAAAUAAAUAAGGAAGAUGUACAAACACAUAUGAAAGAAGGUAAAGAAUUGGAAAUAUUGCCAUUGUUAAAUGAAGGCGACAAGGAGAACAUGAUGGAAAAUAUGGAGAUAGCAAAAGAGAAAGAUGGGGGGAAUAAGGGUAAGGAAACUAAUUUUGAAUCUUUGGAAGGAAACAUAAUUGGUAGUAGCAACAAUACAGAGGAGGAUUGUAGAGGUAUAUCUUCGAGAGAUAAAGGAUUGUUAGAUACUAAAUUUGAUUAUGAAAGAGGUUCAGAUGAUGAACUUUUUCAAAAUGACAAACUGGGGAGUGUGAGGAAUCUGCUGGACAUUAUUGACAACAAGAUUACGGAGGAGGAUAAUUCUAUGCUAAUGGCUCCAACUACAAAGGAUGAAGUCAAAAGGGCUACAUUCGCAUUACAUCCACAUAAGGCUCCUAGACCAGAUGGGGUGACAAUGGAAUUCUAUCAGAAGUGUUGGAAGUUCAUGGGUAAGGACAUAUGGUUGGUGGUGGAGGAAUUUCGCAGGAAAGAGCAACAUGGAUUCACCCCCAGCAGAGAAAUUGCAGAUAGUAUAAUCACAGUUGCUGAAACCAUGCAUUCGAUGAAAAUGAGCAAAAUGUGGAUAAAUUGUAUAAAGCAUUGUGUUACUUCUAUUUCAUAUUCUAUUAUUGUAAAUGGAUCUAUAGAUGGUUUUUUCCAAGCUACAAAUGGUCUCAGACAAGGUGACCACUUGUCUCCAUUUUUAUUUGUAUUAAUGGCCAAAAUUCUGGGAAGAAACAUUAAAAAACUUGUAGAAACGGGACUAUGGAAAGGUGUUCUCAUCCAUGGUAGCAUUGAUCCAAUUUCCCAUUCUCAAUUCGUUGAUGAUACAGUUCUUUUUGGGGAGGCCUCGGAGAAGGAAGCUAUGGCAAUGAAGUUGUUACUGAGUGAUUACGAAAAAGGAUCGGGACAGAGAAUGGAUAUUGAUAAGUCUUUGAUAUAUUUCUUUAAUACUAAUAUAAGGAUGCAAAGUAAGAUUGGUGAGAUUUUGGGAUUUUUGACUGGCAGUUUUCCUAUGAAGUAUUUAGGGGUGCAACUAGAUCCUGGCAGAUAUCAAAAUAGAAUGUGGGAGGAAUUGAUUAACAAAUAUCAAGCAAAGGCAUCUUCAUGGAAGAACAAAUGGUUAACACAAGUAGGGAGAAUUCAAAUGAUUAAAUAUGUUUUAUCAGUGAUCCCUAUUUACCAUAUGUCAUGCUUCAGACUAUCCUAUAAAGCUGCAAAAGAGCUAGACAGUUUGCUUAAAAAGUUCCUAUGGGAAGGGGCAUAG